GCACUGCGCGUGCGCCUCCUGCCUUGCGUUGGAUUAAUGCUGCAGCAGACACCUUCGGGAUUUAAAGGGCCCGCUGCCUGUCCGGAGUUGCUUUGAAGGCAAGGGGGUGGUUGGUUGUGGACGACCCUUGAUCAUGGGACCUGUGCCGUUGGGAAUGUUGCUUUUCAUUUUGACUAUGUACGGUGCUUGCGCUGGGACAAUGAAGGAGGAAGACGAUGACACAGAACGCUUGCCCAGCAAAUGCGAAGUGUGUAAACUGCUGAGCCUGGAGCUACAGGAAGAGCUGAGUCGCACUGGCCGAUCUCGAGAGGUAUUAGAGCUGGGGCAGGUGCUGGACACGGGCAAGAGGAAGAGACACAUCCCUUAUAGCGUUUCAGAGACAAGGCUGGAAGAGGCCUUGGAGAAUUUAUGUGAGCGGAUCCUGGAUUACAGUGUGCAUGCUGAGCGCAAGGGCUCACUGAGAUAUGCCAAGGGGCAGAGUCAGACCAUGGCGACGCUGAAAGGCCUGGUGCAGAAGGGGGUGAAGGUGGAUCUGGGCAUCCCUCUGGAGCUGUGGGACGAGCCCAGCGUGGAGGUCACAUUCCUCAAGAAGCAGUGUGAGACGAUGCUGGAGGAGUUUGAAGAUGUCGUGGGAGACUGGUAUUUUCACCAUCAGGAGCAGCCCCUACAGCGUUUUCUCUGUGAAGCUCAUGUGCUCCCAGCUGCUGAAACUGCAUGUCUACAGGAAACCUGGACUGGAAACGAGAAGAUCGCAGAUGGGCAAGAGAAGACAGCAGGAGAGGAGGAGCAAGAUCAGGAGGAGGAAGAGGAGAUGACUGACUCACCAGGCCACCCCAAGCAUGACCCAGAGGAUCUUUGAACCUUGCUUUUGAGCCCCAAGGAGGGACAGGGGUCAUGGAGAGGAACCCUCUGAAGGCUGAGCUCUCCCUGCUCCACAGCUUUAAGAGUGUGUGUGUCCCCACCUUAGAGCUUAUAGCUGUUCUCUCCCAUCUGAUCUCAGGCAGGAUCCUGGUGGUGCAGUAUGGCAUGGUUUUGGGGAGAAAGGUGGCAGCAGCAGAUGGAAACGAAGUCCCAAAAGAUGAGUCUGCUACCUGCCAUUUAGCCCCUUAAUUGUCAGGUGUGUGUGGUAACAGAAGUGAGAUAUUUAAAAUAGCUCUACUUUUCUCCAGCUUUCCUCUGGACCCAGAGGUUAGCAGGUCAUAGAAGCUUUGAACCUUGGGAAACUCGCUUUUCCCCUUGAGGGCGCUUUUAGACUUUGAACGUCGUGGACAUUUUUUUUUCCUCCUUGCUUUUUUUUAGGGCGUCGCGUGGGGCAUAUGGAAGUCCCCACUCCAAUCCGAGCUGCAGCUGCUGGCCUAUGCCACAGCCACAGCAACCCUGGAACAGAGCAUUGUCUGCGAAGUAUAUCACAGCUCAAGGCAACGCCCCCCCCCAACCCCCUCAUUCUUAACCCACUGAGUGAGGCUAGGGAUUGGACCUCCGCAUCCUCAUGGAUACUAGUGGGAUCUGUUACUGCUGAGCCACAAUGGCAAUGCUUUUGCUUUUUUUUUUUUUUUUUUUUUUUUUUUUUAAGAGCCACCAGGCCAGGGGUCCAAUUGAAUGUCCUGGAUAUUCUCUACGAUCUACAUAUACUGCCGGCGUCAAGGAGGCUACUGAAUGAAAAGAGGACACUGGAAGGGGGUGGUGCAAUUAGGUGAGGUGGACACUUGGUCUACACCGAGGGCCCAUCAUGUAAUUUCAAAGGUGCCAAAUUUUCUAUACGGCUAGUAAACUUUUAAAAAAAAUGUAUCACCCGGGCCCCGCCCCAAAUUUCAAA